CUAAAUCAAACACAACCAGUUAGAUUUUAGUCUUGAUUUUAUGACUCACUUUUGCUUUACUUUUUGGAAAAAAAUAAAAAAUAAAAACCGUUAUAAUUAAUAAUUCAUCAUUUCUCCUUAAAUUAGCUGGUUGAACGUUGAAACUUUGUGCAGCAUUCAAUUCCCUUCUAAGAAUUUCAUGAGCUUCUCGUCCCCUUCCUUCAUCCCCCAUAGCCACCAUUAACAACCCGUAAGAAGCUCUUUUCAACUAGCUUACACAAAACGUCAUAGCCAAAAUCUCCACAUUUACUCAUUCCUUGUCACACCCAAAAUGUUUUCCCUACAUUCCAGCUUCUGAAGGUCAACAGUUAAGGAUUCAAAGCAGCAAUGAGGGUUUUAGGGGAGUCAUGGUGUUUUUGUAACGGUGGCGGCAAGUCGGAGAGAACAAAAGCCUCCAUUUUCUCCGGCAAAGGUCCUGCUAUGGCUCGAAUUUCCACCGACGGAUUGGUUUCCGGUACCGGAUUCCUUAUCCACCGGAACCUUCUCCUUACAACACACGCCAUCCUUCCGUCGGUAGCUGCCGCCGAGGCCGCCGAGAUCCGGCUUCAAAACGGUGUCGGCGCUUCCCUUUUCCCUCACAGGUUUUACAUAACUAGCUCUGUUCUGGAUCUAACAAUAGUGGGCCUAGACUCCAUGGAUGGAGACUCAAAUGCACCAUAUCAGCAACCUCACUACCUGAAAACCUGUUGUAAAUCAGGUCUAAACCUGGGUAACAUAGUUUAUAUUCUAGGCUACACCGAUAAAAACGAGCUAACUGUUGGUGAAGCAAAGGUGGUGAUAGCAACCGACAAUCUCAUAAAGGUCUGCACCGAUGGAGUCACAUGGAGCCCCGGUUCGGCCGGGUUCGACCCACAAGGUCAAAGAAGUGAACAAUCAUGUACUUCCUUCACUAUGCGACAAGUUUUUAAAACAAUCGAUCCUCACCAACCCGAAUACAUAACCUCAAAAUCAGAAGACCAACCGGACCCAGACCCGGACCCCAGUUCCAGUUCUUCCAUUGGUGAAACCCCGACCCGUGAUCAAGGAAUCCGGACACCCGAGAUAUACGAGUCGCCAAAAUUGAUCUCAGGUCCUUUCGGAAAUUACCAAAAUACCCCUCAGAUUCAGCUUUUGGAUAUCAACUUCCCUCCUAAGAAUAAGACCAAUAAGAUUGCUAAUCCUAAUCCUAAACCAUCUGGGCCGGUGGUUAAAGAGCAAUCAGAAGCGGAGAUGGGUUCGGUGACCGGGCCCAGGAGUGAGGUGUCGGUGUCAGAGGGGCAAAAUGGGUAUAUCAGUGAAGGGGAAACGACGAUGUAUUCGGCUGAAACAGCUGAGAGCCGUAACUAUCCGAGUCCUAAAGAAGAAGGGCGUUUUGGUCAGAAAGGAGUUGGGAUUGGGAGGAGCCAAAGCUGUGUAAACUACAACCGAAAAUGGGUGCCGGUUCAGGGGAACACGGUGGCUCGUGGGAGGUCGCUUGAAAAGCAGAGAAGCUAUAUGCAGCAGGGUAGAAAGGUCUUUUCACAAGGGGCAACCUCUCAUAGGAGUAAUGACUAUUAUAGCCCUACUGUGUCUUCGAUUAUGAAGAAACGGAACAAUGAGCAGUGGCCUAAUGCUAAUAGGUCUCGAAGUAGGCCCAGUGCGGUUCAUUCUUCACCAAAAUGGGCGUUUUAA